AGCCCGCGGUGUCGGCGGCGCGUUGGCGUCGGUGCGCCGCCGCGGCCCGGGAGCGUCGGCCGGGCGCGCUGGCACUGAACUGAGAAGAUGUCCCUGUACGAUGACCUGGGAGUGGAGACCAGCGACUCAAAAACAGAAGGCUGGUCCAAAAACUUCAAACUCCUGCAGUCUCAGCUCCAGGUGAAGAAGGCAGCUCUCACUCAGGCCAAGAGCCAGAGGACAAAACAAAGUACAGUCCUUGCUCCAGUAAUCGACCUAAAGCGAGGCGGCUCUUCAGAUGAGCGGCAGAUCGUGGACACUCCGCCGCACGUGGCCGCAGGCCUCAAGGACCCUGUUCCCAUCGGGUUUUCUGCAGGAGAAGUUUUGAUCCCCUUAGCUGAUGAAUAUGAUCCCAUGUUUCCUAACGAUUAUGAGAAAGUAGUGAAGCGCCAAAGAGAGGAGCGACAGAGGCAGUGGAAGCUGGAAAGGCAGAAGGAAAUAGAAGAGAGAGAAAAGAGGCGUAAAGACAGACAUGAAGCUAGUGGGUUUUCCAGGCGACCCGAUCCAGAUUCUGAUGACGAUGAAGAUUAUGAGCGAGAGAGGAGGAAAAGAAGUAUGGGCGGAGCUGCCAUUGCACCUCCCACGUCUCUUGUGGAGAAGGACAAAGAGUUACCCCGAGACUUCCCUUAUGAAGAGGAUUCACGACCUCGCUCACAGUCUUCCAAAGCUGCUAUCCCUCCCCCAGUGUAUGAGGAACAAGACAGACCCCGAUCCCCGACCGGCCCAGGCAACUCCUUCCUCGCCAACAUGGGGGGCACGGUAGCACAUAAAAUCAUGCAGAAGUACGGCUUCCGGGAAGGCCAGGGUCUCGGGAAGCAUGAGCAGGGCCUGAGCACAGCGCUGUCGGUGGAGAAGACCAGCAAGCGGGGCGGCAAGAUCAUCGUGGGCGACGCCACCGAGAAAGACGCAGCCAAGAAGUCGGAUUCGAAUCCAUUAACUGAAAUACUUAAGUGUCCUACCAAAGUGGUCCUACUCAGGAACAUGGUUGGUGCAGGAGAGGUGGAUGAAGACUUGGAAGUAGAAACCAAGGAAGAGUGUGAAAAAUAUGGCAAAGUUGGAAAAUGUGUGAUAUUUGAAAUUCCUGGUGCCCCUGAUGAUGAAGCAGUACGAAUAUUUUUAGAAUUCGAGAGGGUUGAGUCAGCAAUUAAAGCUGUUGUUGAUCUGAACGGGAGGUAUUUUGGUGGACGGUGGUGAAAGCAUGUUUCUACAAUUUGGAUAAAUUCAGGGUCCUGGAUUUGGCAGAACAAGUUUGAUUUUAAAAACUAGAGCCUGAGUCAUCUCCAGAGAUCCUUCGGCAAGCUGCAGAGUGAGCAGAGGAGAACAAGGCAUCAGGGGGGCCUUUCCUGGCUGUGGGUGCAGAGACUCUGUGAGGACUUCUAAGAUAUGUUGACUGAUCCCUUUUUUAUUUUGUGGUUUUUUAAUAUAGUAUAAAAAUCCUUUUAAAAAAACAAAAAAAAAAAAAGAAAAAAAGAAACAUAACUCUCUCAUUUAAUAAAACAACCGAACACAUCCAAAAACAGGCAGAACUAGACACUAUAGUUUAGGGAUGUGUUAAGUGAGACGUCUAUGAAGAAAAGCUAGGGAAGGACUAAUACAGAAUUCAGGUGAGAGGAAGCCUUGUGGAGACUCAAGUGAUGAGGCUCUGUAUUUCUCUCGCAUGGGUGCUUGAUUCAACUCUAUUCUUUAAACUGUGUUAACAUAGAAUAUGAAUUUGUUUUACAUGCAUGAUAUAUAAUUUUUUAAAAGUUAAUGGAAGUUUUCUGCCUCCCAACUUCCCAGUUUGUUUUCUGAAACAGUCUAACAAACUUGCUCAUAUAAUUAUAUAAAAUGAUUAGUGUUUCUGGCCUUAGGUUUUGCAACAUGAACCUCCACUUCAGAUCAAGUAACUCAAAAUCACUGAGGGUUAGGCCACUGAAUCCUUAAAAGAAGAAAAAAAAAAAAAAAAAAAACCACCAAAAAACCAAUACACCAGGUGACUCAUAAGGAUCUAAAGAAACUCAAAUGAGAGUGUCCCAGAGAAAGCGGUCUUCCUGCUGUUACAGUUCCAAACCUAGAGAAUCAAAUACUGUUCUUUCCCGGAAUCCUCUGGGAUUUAGCCUCUACCCUUUCUCUAGUAAUUUCAAACUUUCAACCUCAAGUCUCCCCUGUCCUCAUACACACACACCAGCCAACUUGAUCUUGCAAUCAACUCUAAACUUCUCACUCUUGCCUUCUCUUUCACAUGCAAAGUCUUCAAUAAAAUGGCCCAUGGUACAGCUCUGUUUUCAGCUUCCCAGUAUCACAGGGAGGUCUGGCGUGCUGCAGUCCAUGGAGAUGCAAAGAGUCAGACAACAAUGAAUAUCACUAUGUUUUAAAAACAUCAAUGACUGAGCUACAAACAUGCACUUGCAAUUAUCUACUAGAUACUUCCCCUUUGCCCACCUGGCAAAUCAAGUAUUAUCUUCCAGGUAGAGCCCUGCAGCACCUUCCCCAAAAGCCCAUCCACUUAUCUAUUAAACAUGUCUGAUACUGAAUGCCUACCCUCACUUUUAAAACAAAGUCAAAAACAUUCCAAACCAACAAAAAGAUUAUUUAAGACGCUGCAGUAAAGGUGAUCAAAAAGUACAAACU